CUGAACCAAAGAAGAAGAAACACCCGGAAAUAGGCGCGUCAAAUGUUCCGCGGUCGGUUUAGUCGACACGUGUGCGCACCUUUAACUUUAAUAUUCAUGACUUUUUGGUUUUAAUUGAGUAAUAAAGAUGAACAUGAAAGCAGCUGCCAUCUAGCGAGCUGAAGAUGCUGAGUGACUCCCAGGCUGCAGAGCUGCUCUCCUUCCUGGCCCCUGGCACACGGCCUGAUGUCAAAGGUCACGCCAGCAGCUACCUCCUGGGACUGUCAGGAAACAGGGAUGGCUGCCGUUUCCUGCGCUCUAAACCGGAACUAGUUGCUGCCGUUUUUGGACUGACCUCUGACCCCUCGAUUGCCAUCGUCAAAGAUUGCUACUACAUCCUGAUCAACCUGUCAGCUGAUGAGACUCUGCACCAGGUGCUCAUGAAGGACGUCCGCGUUAUCCUUGUGCUGCUGAAGAAUUUCAUGGAUCCAGAUUUCCCCUUUUCUGAUCAGAUCUGCACCUUCCUGUCCAACCUGACUCGCCACGAUAAGACGUGCAAGACUGUGUUCAAGCUGCUCCAGGAGGAUGUUGGACUUGCUAAGCUGGUGGAUGUUCUCUGCACUGAAGGCUACAACAAAAAUGCCAAGUUCCACUACCUGGCUGCUCUGCUGUCCAACCUCACCCAGCUGCCCGAGGCCAGACAAUUCCUGAUGGACAAAGACAGGUGUGUCAUCCAGCGGUUGUUGCCCUUCACACAGUUCCAGGAGUCAGUGGUGAGGAGGGGCGGAGUCAUCGGUGUCCUGCGCAACUGCUGCUUUGACCACGCCAAUCAUGAGUGGUUGCUAAGCGACGCAGUGGACAUCCUGCCCUUCCUGCUGCUGCCACUGGCUGGUCCAGAGGAGCUGAGCGAGGAAGAAAACGAGGGCCUGCCGGUCGACCUCCAGUAUCUCCCAGAGGACAAGAAGAGAGAAGACGACGCCGACAUCAGGAAGAUGCUGCUGGAGACUCUGUUGCUGCUGACUGCGACCAAGGCUGGCCGGCAGACUCUAAAAGACAAAAACGUCUAUCCCAUCAUGAGGGAGUUCCACUGCUGGGAGACGGACGUUAAGGUCACGGUCGCCUGUGAAAAACUGGUCCAGGUGCUGAUAGGUGACGAGCCCGAGGAGGGCAUGGAGAACCUGAUGGAGGUGGAGAUUCCCGACCACGUGGAGGAGAAGCUGAAGGAAGCUGACGCCAAGGAGCAGCAGGAGCUGGAGGGCGAGGAGGAGACGAAGACGUGAGGAGGAGAAGACGACACCCAGUUAGGACUGAAGCAGGACAACGUCUCAUAUUCCGAUCCACAACUGUGGCUUCAUUUAGACCAGAGGUGUCAAACUCAGGGGCCGCAUGGAGGAGAAUCUAUUCCCAGGUGGGCCGGACUGGUAAAAUCAUGGCAUGAUAACUUAAAAACAAAGACGGCUAAAGACUGUUUUCUUUGUUUUACUUUGGCCAAAAAUAGAACAAGCACAUUCUGAAAAUUCACAAAUAAUCCCUUUGCCAAAAUAAUGAUAAUAAUAAUAAUAGAUUUUAUUUGUAAAAAGCACUUUAUAUUGAGUGAACAAUCUCAAAGUGCUACAGUAUAUUAAAAAAAUAAAUAAAAAUAAAAACUAGAACAGCCAAAUAGCUAUAACUAGUAUGCAUAUAUCUAAAAAAAAAGGUUUUUUUAAAAAAAAAAAAGAAGGGCUUUUAAGCCUUUUUUUAAAAGCAUCCACAGUCUGUGGUGCCCUCAGGUAGUCAGGGAGAGCGUUCCACUGACUGGGAUCCCGCCGCUUCAAAUUCUGAGGGGAAAAAAAAUGUGUGCGGUUUGAAAAACACAACGGACUUCGUCUCAGUGUAUCUACAAAGCCAAUAAACAUGAAGUCACAGCCUAUCUGGGAUUGAACAAAAUGAAUAACAAACUUCUAGGUGUGAAAUACCUCAUUCACUUUUCUCAUUUUUGACAGGGGCAAUGAGGGUGUCAAAGAACAAUGCCUUCCAAGCAAAAAAAGACCUAAAACUGCAGGUUUUGCGUUUCAUUUGUUCGAAGGGAGGAGCCAAAGCGACGCGUUACCUUAGCAAUAUGCGCUUUACUGCGUACCUCUUGCUUGGCCCCGGUAUCAAGCGUUUGCUUGCCCAACAGAGUUGUUAUUGCGACACCCGGUGGACACAUUUAGAUCAGAAGUUUCAUUUCAUUAGACAAUUUCAGCUCACUUUUAUACUUGGCAAACUCAUCUCGCGGGCCGCACGUUUGACACCCCUGACUUAGACAGUUAGGCUCUGACAGGUUUUUUUUUAUUUUUUUAUUAAUCAAUCCAACAAAUUAAUACACCAUAAUACCAUAAUGGUCCAAUU